CGCGGGGGGAACAGCUCGCAGGGUGCCUCCCAGCUCUUCCUCACCACGGCGCUGGCCCGCGGCGUCGCGGGCAUCUUCGUGUGGACCGCCCUGGUGCUCACCGGCCACCAGGAAGCCUCCCAGAGAUGCUUGGAGCCACAGCCAGCGACCUGUUUGCCUGGCUGCCCGGGCCUCUUCCUCGCUGUGAAACUGUGUAUUCACGUCCUCGUAGAAAAUACGGGAGAUCUAGGAAGGUUUACGUGAGCAAGAGAACCACGCAUCUUCUCCUUUUGUCUGGGGAUGUCUGUCCCUUCACGUCUGUCCUGCUUUCCCACAUACCCAGUGUGUCACGCUGCUGUGACCGUGGCGUCCUGUGGGCGCGUCUCCCUGCGUGGGCGGUCCGGGUCACAGGCCCCCCCCCCCCCGGGCUCGGGCCCGUGUGUGUCCCUACGAUGAAUGUCCUUGAACACAAACCCCGAAAUCCUGUCUUUGUUUCUGAAUGAAUCUUUUCCAUGGGACAAAUCUGCAGGAGGGGUCAAAGGGUAUCAGCCCUUUUAAGGCCCUGAUGUCGAAAUGCCAACCUGCUGUCCUGACCGGUGGUACCCACUGCGGGGGCCAUGACGGCCCCCCCCCCCGCCGCCCAGGGAAAUUCUCAUUGAACGAAGGAACGAGCGGGCGUGUGAAUGCAUGUUCCCAGUGCAGAGUCCGCGGAGGGCCGGGCCCGGGGAGGUAGGCUCUGCUUCCUCCCUCCUGGCAGCGGGAGGUGGGUGGGCCGCGUCCCCCAGGCCUGCCUUGCUCCGCCCGCCCAGAUCUACCUGCACCUGCGCUCCUACACCGUCCCCAACGAGCAGCGCUACAUCAUCCGCCUGCUCUUCAUCGUCCCCGUCUACGCCUUCGACUCCUGGCUCAGCCUCCUCCUCCUGGGGGGCCACCAGUACUACGUCUACUUCGACUCGGUGCGGGAUUGCUACGAAGCCUUUGUCAUUUACAGCUUCCUGAGCCUCUGCUUCCAGUACCUGGGGGGCGAGAGUGCCAUCAUGGCUGAGAUCCGGGGAAAGCCCAUCCAGCCCAGCUGCUUCUACGGCACCUGCUGCCUUCGGGGCGUGUCCUACUCCAUCGGGUUUCUGCGCUUCUGCAAGCAGGCCACGCUGCAGUUCUGCAUGGUGAAGCCCAUCAUGGCCUUGGUCACCACCGUCCUGCAGGCGUUCGGCAGAUACCACGACGGGGACUUCACCGUCCACAGCGGCUACCUCUACGUCACCCUCAUCUACAACGCCUCCGUCAGCCUGGCCCUCUACGCCCUGUUCCUUUUCUACUUUGCCACCAGAGAGCUCCUGCGGCCCUUUGAGCCCGUCCUCAAGUUCCUCACCAUCAAGGCCAUCAUCUUCCUCUCCUUCUGGCAGGGGCUGCUGCUGGCCAUCCUGGAGCGGUGUGGGGCCAUCCCCGAGGUCCAGGUCAUUGACGGGAGCGAGGUGGGGGCUGGCACGCUGGCCGCCGGCUACCAGAACUUCAUCAUUUGCAUCGAGAUGCUCUUUGCCUCCGUCGCCCUGCGAUACGCCUUCACCUGCCAGGUGUACUCGGAGAAGAAAGAGAACUCGCCAGCCCCGACGGCGCCCAUGCAGAGCAUUUCCAGUGGCCUCAAGGAGACGAUGAGCCCUCAGGACAUCGUGCAGGACGCCAUCCACAACUUCUCGCCCACCUACCAGCAGUACACGCAGCAGGCCACACGCGAGGCCCUGCCGCCCGGCCAGGGCAGGGACCCCUCGCCCGGCACGCACCGCGGCCUGGGUGGCGGCUCCGGCGGCGGCAGGAAGAGCCGUGACGUGGAAAAGACAAUGCUAGUCCCCGCGGAGGAGCUCUAGGGGGGCCCCAGGGUCAGCGGCCGCCUGGCUGGGGUCCGUGGUCCACGCCUCACCCACUGACCGUCUUGCCAAAGGUCAGGCCUCUCCAGGGAGCGCCUGCCAGGCCCGAGGAGCCCACUGCCCAUCCCACCUCCGGUCAGUGGAGGGGGUCGCCUGGUAGCCCUGCCAGGCUCCCGGGGCCGCACCGUCGCCUGGUGGGCCCUCGGCCCCAGAAGAGGACACUUGAGCCUACCUGACGAGGACAAGGACCAGCCGGGCUCACCUGGCCAUCAGCGCAGGUGGCCUCCCUGGAUGGACAGAUCCCGGGUGGGGCAGCUCGGGGAAGGACGGCCGGGCACUGCUGGGCAGCCCGGAGCUGUGGGCUGCGCAGGCCGGAGGGAGGCGGGGCGGGCCUGUGGAGGAACCCCCCCCAACCCCAUCGGUGGGUGUGCCUGCUGUGGGUCUGGGAGGGGCCGGGGCCACUCGCAGAGAGCUUGGAUUUCCGGGGAACUGCACUUAUUUAUACAUAAACAGCCUGGGUUUUCUAGUGACUCUAGUGGCC